AUGUACAGCGCUUCAGGGAGGAGGGGCGAGGGGGGUUACAGGGUACAAGGGGUGAGAGGCGACGUACUGGGGGGGUGGGGGGGGAGGAUCAAACGAGAGCAAGUUCUGGCACGAAUCAAAGGAGCCAUCCUGGGCCGCUCGGAGACGCAGGAGUGUGCCUACUAUAACUCGAGCUGGGAGAAGGAGCGCACCAACCGCAGCGGCAUCGAGCCCUGCUACGGCGACAAGGACAAGCGGCUGCACUGCUUCGCCACCUGGAAGAACGUGUCGGGGAACGUGGAGGUGGUAAAGCAGGGCUGCUGGCUGGACGACGUCAACUGCUACGACAGCACUGAGUGUGUGGAGAAGAAGGAGAGCCCUGACGUCUACUUCUGCUGCUGCGAGGGGAGCAUGUGCAACGAGAAGUUCCUCUACGCUCCGCACGGCCCGCCCCAGAGCCAGACCCACCAGUCCACCGCCUACACGACGUCCAACCCGUUCCCGCCAAAGCCACCCAUCUUCAGCACGCUGCUCUACUCGCUGGUGCCCAUCGUGGGGCUGGCGGCCGUGGUCCUCUUCUCCUUCUGGAUGUGGAGGCAUCACAAGCUGGCCUAUCCUGCCGCCCUGGUGCCCACUCAUGUAAGUACAGCUGCAGACGACACACUGCGAGUCUACAGAGACCUGGGGGUAGCAUCACAACUGUCUUUUUCUCCCGUCCACACUGAUGUGCAGUGA